AUGGGCGCUCACGUAUCCAAACAGGUCGAGCGCAGGAAAGCCAUCUCCACAGAGAAAAAGACCCUUAUCGACCUCAAACAGACCGCAGGAUCCGAUUACCCGGGAUCCGACUACCACCCGCCCGACCGCAAAAACUGGAUGUUGGGUCUCGGUCCGGAAAAGCUUCGGGUCAACCAUAUCGUCUGGCCCGGCACCCACGACUCGGCCACCAACAAAAUCGGCAUCCCCCUCGUGACCCGCCCCUUCGCCCAGUGCCAGUCCCUCUCCAUCUACGACCAGCUGAAAACGGGCACUCGGGUCCUCGACAUCCGGGUUCAGGAGGACCGCCGGGUCUGCCACGGCAUCCUCCUCAGCUACGGCGUCGACGUCGUAAUCGCCGACGUCAAGCGAUUCCUCGGGGAAACCCAAUCGGAGAUCGUGAUCCUUGAGAUCAGGACUGAGUUCGGGCACGACGACCCGCCCGAUUUCGACAAGUACCUCGAGGACCAACUCGGCGAGUUCCUGAUCCACCAGGACGACCAGGUUUUCAACAAAACGGUUUCAGAUCUGCUUCCGAAACGGGUCAUCUGCGUCUGGAAGCCAAGGAAGGCGGCCCAGCCCAAGCCCGGCGGCCCGCUAUGGGGUUCGGGCCAUUUGAAGGACAACUGGAUCGACACGGAUCUGCCGUCGACGAAAUUCGAGAGCAAUUUGAAGCACCUCGGCGAGCAGCAGCCGGCGGCUGGCCGUAAGCACUUCUACCGGGUCGAGAACACGGUGACUCCUCAGGCGGAUAACCCGGUUCUGUGCGUGAGGCCCGUGACGGGUCGGAUCCAACCUUACGCGAGGAUGUUCAUCGCGCAGUGUUUCGCGAAGGGGAUUGCCGACCGGCUGCAGAUAUUCUCGACGGAUUUUAUUGAUGAGGAUUUCGUGGAUGCUUGCGUGGGGCUGACGAGCGCUAGGGUCGAGGGAAAAGCUUGA